UUGAGCCGCGGCCGGCAGCGCGCCCCGGCCGAGGGAGGGCGUGCGCCGAGCCCGCGGCUAUUGGCUAUCGGUUACGGAGCGGGAGGCUGCGCGGCCAAUCGGGCGUGCUCCGCUCGGGGGCCGGAUAGCUUUCAACCGCGCCGCGGCGCGUAUCCGGCGGGCGCGUUUAACGAGGGCGGCGGGACGCGGGCCCCCCGCGCCGCCAUGAUCCGUCACACACACCUCGCGACCCGCGCCCGGCCCGCGCCGGCCCGCGCCGCCUGCGAACCUUCAAUUAAUAGCCUCCAUAUAUUCAUCCGGGUGGAUUACCAGCUUUUAUUUGGUGGAUGUUCAGCCACCGAUCGAUGA